GACGCAUGCCCCGUGCGCACUGCGCGUCCUGGCCUGUCAGUAGCAGGCAGAUGGAAACGUAGGCAAGUGAAUUUGGUGAGGUCAUGUAUUUUUAAGCCGCACAUCGGAAUAAAUCAUCCAUAACCGGCGGCAUAAACAAAUAGUCCGCUGCUCCGGGACGUUUCACCGCCGAUCGGAUCGAUCCUUUGAUUUAAGGAAGGAGAGGACAUUUUUGGAUGCACAGAGAGCAGUGAUUGAAGAUUUAACCAUGAACAAAAACAAGAGAGAACGGGAGUUCUACAGCCUGGAUGUUGGGGAUUCAACGUUCACAGUCCUAAAGCGAUACCAGAAUCUAAGACCCAUCGGCUCAGGGGCACAGGGAAUCGUCUGCUCUGCUUACGACCAAAUCCUUGAACGAAAUGUUGCCAUCAAGAAGCUGAGUCGGCCGUUUCAAAACCAAACCCAUGCCAAGAGAGCAUUCAGAGAGCUAGUCCUAAUGAAAUGUGUCAAUCACAAAAAUAUCAUCGGCCUAUUAAAUGUAUUCACGCCACAGAAAUCAUUAGAAGAUUUCCAAGACGUAUACUUGGUGAUGGAGCUAAUGGACGCCAACCUGUGCCAGGUCAUUCAGAUGGAGCUGGACCAUGAGAGGCUGUCUUAUCUGCUCUAUCAGAUGUUAUGUGGUAUCAAACACCUCCACGCCGCCGGCAUCAUUCACAGGGACCUCAAGCCCAGUAACAUAGUUGUGAAGUCAGACUGCACAUUGAAGAUUUUGGACUUCGGCUUGGCUCGAACGGCUGCCACAGGCCUCCUAAUGACACCAUAUGUAGUUACACGCUACUACAGGGCGCCAGAGGUGAUCCUGGGGAUGGGCUACCAAGCCAAUGUGGACAUAUGGUCUGUGGGCUGCAUACUGGCGGAGAUGGUUCGCCAUAAAAUCCUCUUCCCAGGGAGGGACUACAUUGACCAGUGGAACAAGGUAAUUGAGCAGCUAGGUACUCCAUCUCAGGACUUUCUAAUGAAGCUGAACCAGUCAGUAAGAACAUACGUAGAAAACAGGCCACGCUACGCAGGAUACAGCUUUGAGAAACUCUUCCCAGACGUGCUGUUUCCUGCCGACUCUGACCACAGCAAACUUAAAGCGAGCCAAGCCAGAGAUCUAUUAUCCAAGAUGUUAGUGAUUGAUGCCUCCAAGCGCAUCUCUGUGGACGAGGCCCUGCAACACCCCUAUAUCAAUGUUUGGUAUGACCCAGCUGAGGUAGAAGCGCCUCCUCCGAAGAUCCUGGAGAAACAGCUGGAUGAGAGGGAGCACACCGUGGACGAGUGGAAAGAUCUUAUCUAUAAAGAAGUGAGUGAAUGGGAGGAGUGGAAAAAAAAUGGAGUGAUAAGAGGCCAGCCACCUCCUUUAGCACAGGUGCAGCAGUGAUCGACAGCCCCCCUCAGCCAACGUCCUCCUCCUCGUCUUCAGCCAACGAUGUCUCGUCCAUGUCCACAGAGCCCACUGACCCGAGCAGUGACCCCACCAUGACUUCAGAAACAGACAGCAGCUUGGACAGCCACACUUCUCUGGGUGCGCUGGCCUGCUGCAGAUAACGCACAUAUUUCAAUACAUAUAAACACACACACACUUACACACACAAAAAACAAACCGGUCCCCAUCUGUGUGUGUGAUGGGAGACGGUUUAGGCCAAUGGAACUUCUCAUGCUAGUUUGUAGAUUAAGCUUUUAAUGUACAGUUUGUUUUUACCCCCCCCUUCCCCUUACACUGCUGUAAAUGAUUGUGGUUUAAAUUGUAUCAUUAUUACUGUAUUUUUGCUGCGAAGAAUCAGAGUAUGUUUUGAUGUGAAGCUGUGAUGUAUGUUUUGAAAGAAGGAUUUGAGUGAACUUUUACACAGUGCUGUUUUUAGCUGCUGCUACACAGUAGGAAACCACACUGUUAGCACUGCAACAUUACGUUGAGUAUAUUUUUGAAUUUUGAAUUUGUUGUAUUUUUAGGGACAUCUGAAUGACACCAAUUUAACAAUAGACUAUAACACAUUUCAUCUUGGAUCCAAAUGCAAAUGGAUGGCUUUAUUUUCAUAUUGUUCCUCAUCUUUCUUGUAGAAAGUGUCCCCUUGGUGUAUCCAAGAAAUUUCUUAGUAUUAUGUCACCUCUGAUUGUGUGCAUCCUGACAAGCAGUCGAAUGGUCUAUAACAACCCUGACACUGAAUUUCUUAUUUUCUACUAUAGCAUACUGUAAACUGACUGUAUUUCACUUUUUUUAUUUACUAGAUGUAAUUUGUAGGUGAUGGUUUGUUGGAUGAGGAAGAACAGGGUGAAUGUAAGUGACUACAAAUGUGGCUAAGUGAGGAGCCAAUGAUUGCCGUUAGCGCUGUAACAUGUUAAUGUAGGCCACACCACUGGCUAUAUUGAGUGCUGUAUUUGGGGGCUGUCACCAGAGACUAAAGCUGCGUUUCCACAGAAAGUAACGAGAACUCUUAGUCCUGCUUUUCAAGGGAUUAAAAAGUUCCUCUGACAAAAUACUGUUUGUGUUUCUACCAAGGUCAAAACCCCUGAUGAAUAGGCAAAUUAAACUGCUGAUGAGUGAAUGAUUAUUCUUAAAAAAAGGACAUAGUCUAACCCAUUAGUUUCUAGAGAGAAGUUAUAAAGCGGAACGAUGGUGGUGGCCAUGUAAGAACUGCUGACUCAACUUAACUUUCAGUCAACCUAAAGAGGACAAGUGUGGAGUCAAGGCAGGUUUCUAGCAACUGCCUGUCAAUCAGUAUAGCCACGACCCUAAUUAUGCCUAAAUUUGCAAAACUCUCAGCCCUUAUAUCUUCAAAACAGAAGACUUGGGCUAUAGAGGACAAAACUGCUCUCUACCAGGCUGUACAAAUGUGGCUUUUUUAGCCAGUCUCAAGUGGACACUUGAGGAACUGCAGCUCUGCACCUCUGCAUUGGCUUCAAGACUGGAGGUUGCUGUUUGGUAUUUAACAGAUCAAAAUGUUGGCACUUAAAGUUCUUGCACUUACAGGAAGUACUACCCACAAGUAGGAACCUUUUGAAAUAGGUGGGUAAAAUAAAAUCCCUGAGACUUUGUUUAGACUCUUCUCCUUGUGGUGGAAACCCACAUAGUAACUCCUAGCAGGAACUUUGUCCCAAGUCCCUGGUCAAAGUUCCUGUGGUGGAAAUGCAGCUUCAGUCUAAAAAAAGUCACUUUACCCUUUCAGCAGGUUCUUUCAGACAUUAUUCACAACUGUCUGAUAUUUAAGAUAUUUAAUUUAAGUGCCCUUACUCAGUUCAAUGAUUUUCAGCCCUCUCUGUGGCAGAUGCCCCUCACUUCUGCGGUGCGUCUUUCUGAGUUCUACCUCACACAUGCACACGUUUUUUGACGAUACAGUAUGUAUAUCAUGGCACACAUCAUUCAAAAAAAUGCGAAAAAAACUCCAGUUAUUUUCUGUAUUUCUAAUUUAUUUAUUUAUUUCAAGCUAGGAGGCGUCUAUUGUAUGUAAUGUACAUUUCAUUCAGAAGUACUAUUUAUAUGCAGUUUGUUUCUUUUCUGUUUGUUUUCUGUGCAAUAUAAUUCUUAGAUUAGUAUAGCCAGUGACUGAUCUGUACAUUUAACUGUAGAUGUUUGUAUAUUUUCUGAGAGUCAGGAAAAGGCAUUUGCUACCUGCAACGAUAACCUUUGGAUGUAUUUGAUGGCUCAAAUUCCCAACCUGUCCCUUUGCCCUUUUUCAUGGUUGGGCACUAUAGGCAGUAACCUCCCCUCCCCCUUAGCAUCAGCUCCCACAAUGCACUUUGGGGAUUGUGACGCAUGUCCUGAACCCUAUCAGGGCCACAUCUCAAAUCAAUGUUGUGGCCUCCUCUUGUGUUUUUCCUCUCCUCCAUCUCUCUAAAACAGAAGAGAUAGAUUAGACUACGCAUGAGUUUUUUUUUCUGAGAAAAUCUGGUUUUAGUGCAGGUACAUUUAGAGGAAACAAAAAGGAAAGCCAUUCAGCACUUCUGAGAUGAUGCUGCAGUCUUCUGAUGGUUUGGACGAUCACUGACAGCACAGAGUUAACCUGUUGUGGUGUGAUUUGUUAAGGCCAGUUGUGUAAAUUUUAGCCUUUGGGUCUGAAAUUGCCUCACUAACAGACUAAUUAUAUACAUCAGAAAUGGAAACUGUCUACCUUCAACUCCAGCAAAUAAAAGAGUUGAAUUUUAAUGUC